UGUAAGACCCUGUUUGGUUAUCGAGUUUCUCAAAGUCGUCGUUUGUUUAAAGGGUGGAGAAUGGAGAGAUGCGGGAACCAAACACGUCUCAGUAAAUUUGAUGGAUCGGAUUAAACGUUGGGGAGAGGAUAUUUAUAAGUGAUUCAAAAAGAGAAGAAAAAGAGAAGAGAGGAGCAAAAUAGAUCGAGUGUUAUCUUUUUCUCUAAUAUCUAAUGGCGGAUAAAACGAGAGCCUCAGCUUACUACUCUCAUUGCUUCAAUCUUGCUUCCUCUUCUUCUGUUUGAUCUCUCUGUUUAUUUCUCCUCUUUGCUUCUGCUUCUUUCUCCAGCUCUAUAAUUAUAGUUGCUAUGGCUUCUGCUGCUAAUUGUGCAGUAUAUUUAAGCAGCAACACUAACUGCCUUACUGUAUUUGAAAUCAAAAACCAUUCUUUGCCUGCUAACGUUGUUAGCAGACAACCCAACACUCUUGGGAGAAGAAGGCUCAGAUUGUCAUCAUCAACGACCAGAAUCAAUCCACCAUCAGCCACUGCCAUAGGGAAUGAUGGGAGUUUGCUCGAUACAGUUCCAACCCCCAAAGUUAUAAUUGAUCAGGACUCUGAUCCAGAUGCCACUGUUGUGGAAAUAACCUUUGGGGAUCGCCUUGGAGCGCUUCUUGAUACCAUGAAUGCGCUUAAAAGUCUCGGGUUGAAUGUUACUAAGGCAAAUGUCUAUCUGGAUUCAUCUGGGAAGCACAACAAGUUUUCCAUCACUAAGGCUAGUACUGGAAGAAAAGUUGAAGAACCAGAACUGCUUGAGGCAAUACGUUUGACGAUUAUAAACAACUUGCUUCAAUAUCAUCCGGAAUCAAGCUCCCAGUUAGCAAUGGGUGCGACCUUUGGUGUUGAGCCACCAAAAGAACCGGUUGAUGUGGACAUUGCAACCCACGUAAGAGUUCGCGACGAUGGUCCUGACCGAAGCUUGCUAUUUGUGGAAACAGCUGAUCGCCCAGGGUUGUUGGUGGAUCUUGUGAAGACUAUCACUGAUAUCAAUAUUGCCGUCGAAUCUGGGGAGUUUGACACCGAGGGUUUGCUUGCAAAGGCAACGUUUCACGUCAACUACAAGGGUAAAGCCCUCAUCAAGCCUCUGCAGCAGGUUCUUGCUAAUAGUUUACGAUAUUUCUUGAGGCGUCCGAGUACGGAGGAGGCAAGUUUUUGAGCCACCAUAGCCAAGUUUAGGAGCAAAUUACCGAUACCAAUGGGGUGAACUUUAGAAUGUUGUUGCUGCCAAUAAUCUCCUCUUGUAGCAAUUCUACAUAUACUCCCCAAUUACUUUUACUGCGAUGAUACUUGUUGUGUAACUAUUUUAAUUCAUUUGAUCACAUCUAUGUUGGCUCAGUUUGUGGAUUUUGUGAGUAAUUUGAUGCCAUUCCCACUUUUUU